AUCAUGCAGUAGCUCUUCGUUCUUUUCCAAAUCAAAAAAAUUAUAGCAACCGUUCUUAUUACUACGAUUUGAUAUGAAGUCUGAACGUUUGAAUUCAAAUCCCAGUACAAGAUGAAGAGUCUACGAUCACGAUGCGUGCAGGCUGCAGCUGACACUGGCAGUGACGACAGUGAGUCCCAAUCAAGUGACAGCGAGCCAGGGUCGCCAGAAGCUGCAGAACCUAAACCCCGACGACAACGACAACGGGGCAAGAUUGAGGGCGUGGAUAAGCGGAUGAAACGGUUAUUACGAAAGGAGGAGCUGAGUGAUGUACAGUUCACCGUCGGCCGAAACGUCAGCCAAGAGAAGACCUUCCGAGCACACAAGUGCGUGUUGAUCAGCAGUAGCGAUGUCUUCUACGAAAUAUUCUGCGAAAAUAAGGGUAACGAUACCAUCGACGUUCCCGAUAUUCUUCCUGAGGCUUUCGAAAACAUGCUCAGAUAUAUAUACACCGAUGAGAUCGACGUGACAGUGGAGGUUGCCUUGGCAACGAUGAAAUGCGCCGAGCAGUACGAUUUACCGCCGCUCGCUGGCCAUUGCUUCGACUCUAUUCUCCGGGAUCUGCAUGCCAGCGACCAAAACUGUUUACGACAUUUAGAGAAGGCGAUCACACUGGCCUUCGCUGACGACAGUGUACUGGAGAACUGCUGGCAUUAUGUAGACAUUCACUGUGAGAAAAUCCUCAAGUCAGAACAAUUCAGCGAGCUGUCGUUUACCAUGCUCCGCAUGAUGCUGCAGCGGGAUAGCCUCCUGGCUGAGGAGAACAGCAUUUACGUGGCAAUGGAUCGGUGGGCGACGGCUGCCUGCGCCCGGAGCAAUCUAGUGCCAUCGGCCACCAACCGGCGCCAAAUUCUGGGAGACUGUUUGUACCUAAUCCGAUUUCCGCUCAUGACCGACAUCCAAUUGGCUGACGGCCCUACUGACAGUGGUCUGCUGGAGCCAUCCGAAUUAAAGGACAUCUACAUGCAGAAGUACGCCACGACGAAACGCUCGCUCCAGUUUCCGGCACAACCGCGACAACUGCCGAUCAUCCGCGUUGAUGGCGUGGCGUUCAAGCACGACGAGGAGGUGUUCGUGAAUUACUGGCAGUAUUGGUGUCCCAGUGCAAGGGUGAUCGGAUUACGCGGGGACAUGGCCGUCUGCCUGGAAGCCGGUGGGGAAGAGCUGGUGAGACAGAGCCCGAAGCAUAUCGUUCGCGCAACCGACUACUUAGUCGCUUAUCGGCCCAUCAUGUACGGGAAUGCAGGCAGUUACAAGCUAGCAUGGUUUGUUAGAUUGGAGAAUGGCCAGCAUAUCAUCAGCUUGGCGGGCACUCAACGCCGCGUUGAAUUCAGUGAGAUAUUUUUGGACCCUGCGUAUGCAAGCUACUGGAAAUCAGCUACAUGUAGCGAUGGCGAUGAUAUCACGUUUCCGCCUCUCUUCGUUUCCACGAGGAAGCGUCCGCUGGAUGCCGCUGGUUUGGCUUGAGCUAACGCGAGUAGUCGUAUUUAGAAUUCCAAUAUUUUUGUUGCAUGUUUUUGGACUACGCUCAGUUUGCUGUAAGAUUGAUAACAGUACGCCUGAUUUAUGAAUUUUGUGCAAAAUGGUUCUACCAGUACAUCGAUGUAUGCUCUCUGAAUGCCUAUGUUUUAGAUGGGCACUUGCAGUUUUUGUCAUGGAUGAUUUUGUUGUUGAUUGUGGACAGUUACGAACUGAAACUGUCUAUCCGGGAUAAAAGCAAC